CAUUAAACACAUUUACACUUCAGAUUUAUCCGUGUCAAAAACGAUCCAUUACAAUGGUUAAAACAUUCAUAAAGUUUUUUUUUUAUACUACUAUUUUAUUAAACUUAAAUGCAAUGGCAAUUGAUAUGGAAGAGUUGAAACAGCAAUAUGUAGAAGUAAUCAUGAAUUGCGCCAAGGAGUUCCCUCUUUCUGGAGAUGAUAUGGAAAAGCUUAGUAACAAACAGAUGCCUGAUAAUGAGAACGCCAAAUGUCUUUUCGCAUGCGCCUACAAAACAUCAGGAAUGAUGGACGAUCAGGGAAAUCUGUCAAUUGAGGGCGUAAAUAAAAUCGCUGACAUGUAUUUAGCUAAUGAUCCUGAUCGACUUGAAAAAGCAAAGAAAUUUACAGAAGCAUGCAAAUACGUUAAUGACGUCAACGUCUCUGAUGGAAAUAAAGGUUGUGAACGAGCUGCUUUAAUAUUUAAAUGCAGUAUUGAAAAAGCUCCGCAGUUUGAUUUCCCAAUGUAAUGAAGCCCAAGUCUUAAAUCAUAACGAAACAUUCAAACCCGUUGACAACUUUGAGAAUAACAUUAACAAAGGAGUCUUUAAUAGUGUUGUAAGAAAAAAUAAUAUAAAUAAAAAAUA